UCCAUCUGUGUGUGAGCAGAAAGAAUGCUGUGUGUCCUCCUCCCUCGCUGCUAAAUCCAGGCUCAGAUGCAGCAGGAGCCUCAGACUGAGAACACGGACAGGGAGAGCUGUGUGUGGGGAGGGACUGAAGGGGGCAAUCAAGGCUUGUGAGGAUUAUUUGUGUUUCUCAGCAUGGAGCAGACACAGGUGACAAACUUCUGCAUAUAGACCAGCCUGCAGUUCUUACUCAAAGCAAAGCUGGGAUUCUUACCCAUUAGGAACGUUACUGACAGCUGUUAAUCUUCUGAUACAUCGGCUCCUGACAACAUCUAAUAAGGAGAACCAUGAGAAUCAUUUACCCUUGAUACAGCAGUUUGUGAAGAGAGAACAAAAUGGAGCAGGAUUACUCUGAGCUAUCUAAUACAACGGAACUCUGGUUCACCUCCUUAUCACAGCUGGAUAUUUUUGGAAGAGUAACCCCAACCAAUGCAUCAAUUAGUAACAGUACAACAUACUAUGACAUGACAAGCAAUGCCAUCCUCACUUUUAUUUACUUUGUUGUUUGCAUAGUAGGACUCUGUGGCAAUACUCUAGUCAUCUAUGUCAUUCUACGUUAUGCCAAAAUGAAGACUAUUACCAAUAUCUAUAUACUCAAUUUGGCAAUCGCUGAUGAGCUGUUCAUGCUUGGCUUACCCUUUUUGGCCAUGCAAGUGGCCUUGGUUCACUGGCCUUUUGGCAAAGCCAUUUGUCGAAUUGUAAUGACAGUAGAUGGAAUAAACCAAUUUACCAGUAUAUUCUGCCUGACAGUCAUGAGCAUAGAUAGAUACCUUGCUGUGGUUCACCCCAUUAAAUCUGCUAAGUGGAGAAGACCCAGGACAGCCAAAAUGGUAAAUGCUGCGGUAUGGACAGUAUCCCUUUUGGUAAUCAUGCCAAUUAUGACUUAUGCUGGUGUGCAAAGUUAUCAUGGCAGAGGAAGCUGUACAAUUAUAUGGCCUGGAAAUUCUAGUGCCUGGUAUACUGGGUUUAUAAUAUAUGCCUUUAUACUAGGUUUUCUAGUACCACUUAGCAUCAUCUGCCUAUGCUAUCUCUUCAUCAUAAUCAAAGUGAAAUCAUCAGGGAUAAGAGUUGGCUCUUCUAAAAGAAAAAGAUCAGAAAAAAAGGUUACUCGAAUGGUGUCUAUAGUUGUUGCAGUGUUUAUCUUCUGCUGGCUUCCCUUCUACAUCUUUAAUGUAUCUUCAGUGUCCCUUUUGAUUGUGCCAACCCCAGGGCUAAAGGCCAUGUGGGACUUUGUUGUGGUUCUGAGUUAUGCCAACAGUUGUGCCAAUCCAAUUCUUUAUGCUUUCCUUUCUGACAACUUUAAGAAGAGCUUUCAGAAUGUGCUGUGCUUGUCAAAAGUCAGUGGCAUGGAUGAGGUGGACAGGAGCGACAGCAAACAAGACAAAUCCAGGUUAAACGAGACCACAGAAACUCAGCGCACUUUGCUCAAUGGAGACCUCCAAACUAGUAUAUGACUACCAACAUCUGCAUAUCCAAACUAAUGUACUCUGCCGGGCCUUUGAAACAUGGGCUUUCACUGCUUCCAAUGUACAUCAAUUGCAUUACCAAAAAAUGAGGGAUUUUGCUGUAGCUGUCAUGUCCGGGACACUAAGAUGUUCAUUAUAAAGUUGUGUUGCCGCUUUCAAAGAAGAUUAUUACAAUGUAGAGAUCCAUGGGAUUUCCCAGUAAAAAACACUAAUUAAUAUCUUCUCAAGAACUGCCUUAAUUACUUAGCCUUUUAUUUUCAAAUCCUAUGGUAUUUCAGUUGUUCCAGCAAUGGUCAAUCGGAGAAGGCCAGUAUCCAUUUUGCAGUGCUGUUAGAAUGUUUUCAUUCUCUUGAACCACUGCACUUAUCCUCUGCCAUGAGAGGGACAUAGAGUAUGGGCAAUAUACAUGUAAUGAGUAACCAAGGAGACCUUUCAUAAUUUUUUUAAGCUUUUCUGGGCUUUGCCUCCAGCUGUCAAGCAGAUAACAUAAUACUCUGGAUCAUUACAGCACCUUGGUUGCCAGACCAGGCAAGUGCAUUCAGGCAGAGUUUGGAAGACUAAGUCAUGAUUCUAAAGAUCUACCUUUGAAUGAGCACAAUCUAUACUUGGAUGUAAUGAUAAAAACAGCAGAUGAGCAUGUAUGUAUUUGCCAAAUAUGAUUAAUAAAGAUUAAAAAAGCAGAAUCAUUAAAGCCCUGUAACCAAAAAGGCUUUGGGCAAAGGAGCCCUUGCUCCCAUUCUGCUAUGAAGUCUCACUCCCAGUAUCUUCAGGCAACCAGACUGAAUAGAUGUGAAUGCUGGGAUCUAUAUUAUAUAAGAAAAGCUGCAGUGAGUAAAUAUGUGUAGUUAAAAUGAGGUUCAGUGUGUUUUAAAGGAGACACGAUAUUGGAUCCUAGAACCUGGAAAUCCCUGUGUAUAUCUAAAGACAACAUUUUGCAAUGGACUCUUGCUGAUUAUUUGGAGGAGCUUUAUUGUAUUUUAACUCCAAGAAUACCCUAUAAUGUAAUGUAUUACGUAUACCUGAAGGAGCACAAGUGUUAAUAAUACAUUGCAAUCAAGGACACAAGAUGUGGGCUUAAUGCUGCUAUUGAGAACUCUGCUUCUGGCUUUUUGGGUUGUGUAAGGGUUAAGAGAAGAUGCACAGUAAAGCUGUCGAUCAAGAACCCUUGUAGAGGCCUUGGCAAAAAAAAGUGCACUCGUUACGAACUAGUAGUGAACCAAACUUUCUGCACUUUGCACGAUACCAGCAGAGGUCACUUAUUAUGGGGAAGGUCAAAGCUGUAAACUUGUACACUGCAAGUGCUUCUGUGGUCAUUAUUGUAUUUGUUUUUAUGCUACUUGUUUUCUUUGCUUUUUGGCAUUUGUUGAGUUAAACCUGGUACUUUUUUGAUGGAAAAAAAACCUGCUACUUCUAAAAAAUUUGAAGUCAUUUCCUAUUUGUGGAGCUGUUACCUCGGUAAAUGAACCGUAGGCCAAUUGACUUUUAUCUGUCCAAGUAAUCGCAACAUGCACCGAUUUUCUUCUAUUCUCAAGUUAUAUUGUGUAAAACCUGAGCUGGUAUCUUCAUCACAUCUGAAACACUUCACUUACUGAACACCUGCCAGUGACAAUGCAGACGCCUUUUUGUAAUAUUUUGAUCUUUGUUAUAUUCUUUUUUCAAAACAGUGCUUAAAUUAUAACAUGCUUGUGGCACCUUGAAAGAGAGAUUGAGCCUUUUGUAAGUGUAUAGAGCAGAUGUACCUGAAAAAGCAACAAAGAUCUAUUUGUACAGUCA